ACCAAGAGGAACUGUCCCCGCGCCGGCAGUGCAUCAACAUGGGACUCGAAACAGAAAAAUCAGAGACAAGUGUUAUUAUGGACGAGGAUGAAUUCAAUAGAUCUAUAGAACCCAUCCUUGCGAAGAAGCAGAAGAUGUACAGUGAGGUUCCGGACAGAGAUCCUCAUGAUAUUAACGCGCACCUAAAGGUUGGCUUUGAAGACGUCAUCGCGGAGCCCAGCUCAACGCACAGCUUUGACAGAGUGUGGAUAGGAAGUCACGCCGCAUUCGAGCUAGUGAAAUAUGUCUUUUACCGUCUUCUUACCACGCUCCUUGCCGUCCCCAUGGCAUUCGUCGUCGGGAUUGUUUUCGGGAUUCUGAGCUGCAUUCAUAUUUGGGUGGUGAUGCCAGUGAUCCAGAGCUGUAUGAUGGCUUUGCCCUCCGCUCAGGUUAUCUGGAACAGCCUCACAGACAUGUUUGUGAGCCCGCUUUUCCACAGUGCUGGCAAGUGCCUGUCAUCAGUCAAAGUCAAGACUGUGCAGAACUGAGAGGAACGCAACCAACGAAUCAAUCCAACUGCCCCCCCCCCCCUCCCAACCAACCCCAACCCCAACCCCACCCCACCACCCCACUCCAACCCUUCCAAAAACUGGACAGAGUUCAUACAUGGAGCACAGGGAGGGGAAAGAAAAAGAUUUUAUUUUUUGAAAGCAAGUUAUUUUUAGUCAUUCCAGUCGUCUUUUGCAAUAGAGAACGACAAACCCUGUCUGAGAUAGGGAUAAAUUGUUCCAACAGCACAAUGCACAUAUACUAUAUGUGUUAAUAAGUGUGUUACUCAUGUAUUGUAUAUACUGCAUAGCAACCAGCUGGGAUUUAGAAUGUCAUACCUCAGAGCAAUAUUGAGUUUUCUGAACAUAGUGUUCAGGAUAGAUGCUAAGAUGCAGUAUAUUGCAUUAUUUCUGCAGGCUUACUUGGAGUAGGCAGAAAACUUUUCCUCCUGCUGUGUUAACCUUGCUUUUUUUUUUUUUUCAAUUACUCGAACAAUAAUGCACACAAACGUAAAAGAGGAGUAAAACAGGGAUUGUGUCUCUAAUUUAUUAUUUAUGCAGCUUACAGUUUACAAGUUUAAACAAGGUUUUUAUCUUCAUUAGCAUGACGUAAGAGAAUUAACCUAUGAGAAUUCAUGUACUGUAAAGAUAAUGUUAUGUUGGGCUGGUAUAUGCAGGGUAGAAGAUCAUAUCGAAGACACCAUCGAACAGGUUCUGUUUGUGACUGUUUGGUACAUGACAACAGGACAACGCCGAUGUGUUUUGGUUCAUGCUAAGCACCAAAGUUAAAUUUAAAAAAUUUUAUGUGUAAAUAAGGAAAAAUGUGCUCUUGCGGUAUAUUGUUACUGAAGACCCAAGUUUUUGUAUUUUGUUUUUGUUUUUAAAUGAUCAAUGUUUUCUUAUGCAAUCAGUUUCCAUAGCGUUCUUAGGCAUUGCUUAGCACAUUUGCAUUUGAAAUGCUGCAUCCUACACUAGCUUGUGCCUUGUUAAUACUCACACAUAGAGUGGAUUGAAGGCCUGUUUGUGCAAUGGAACACGAGGUAUUCUGGAUUUGUUUAUCCGCUUUGAACGAUGAGAUGUAGCAAAUAUGCUGAAAAUGAUUCAGCUCGUUAGGAAAGCCGAGAACAUCAGAGCCAAAUUUUCUCUCAACUUACCGAAUAAUUAAAAAAAAGAUCU